GUCUGCGCGUGCGGCUCAUCUCGUACUCGUAGUGGACCUUGUGCUCGUGGCGGCGUCAUGGGGCGGCACGGGAAGAGCCAGCACCAGAAGCGCGCACGUGCGGCGGCCCAGCUCCGCGCGCAGGAGGCAUAUGCGACCGCGCCACAUUCCUUCGUGUUUGCGCGCGGCCCCGCCGGCCCCGGGGUCCGCCAGCUCAGCCUGGACGUGCGGCGGGUCAUGGAGCCCUACACGGCCAGCUCUCUGCAGGUUCGCCGGCGGAAUUCCCUUAAGGAUUGUGUGGCUGUGGCUGGCCCUCUUGGCGUCUCUCACUUCCUCAUUUUCAGCAAAACGGAGAAGAAUGUGACGUUUAGGCUGAUCCGGCUUCCUGGGGGCCCUACUCUGACCUUCCGGGUCACCAAGUACUCCUUGGUGCGGGACGUUGUCUCCUCCCUGCGCCGCCACCGGAUGCACGAGCAGCAGUUCUCACACCCGCCACUCUUGGUACUCAACGGCUUUGGCCCACAUGGACUUCAUGUGAAGCUCACUGCCUCCGUGUUCCAGAACAUGUUUCCAUCCAUCAAUGUGCACAAGGUGAACCUGAACUGUGUGAAGCGUUGCCUUCUCCUCAGCUAUGACCCCGACUCCCAGGAGCUCCAGUUCCGACACUACAGCCUGAAGGUUGUUCCUGUGGGUGCCAGUCGGGGCAUGAAGAAGCUUUUACAAGAGAAGUUCCCCAACAUGAGCCGCUUGGAGGAUGUCAGUGAGCUGCUUGCCAUGGGUGCAGGGCUGUCAGAGAGUGAGGCAGAGCCAGAUGGGGAGCACAACGUGACUGAGCUGCCCCAAGCCUACGCUGGCCGUGGCAACAUGAAAGCAGAGCAGAGUGCGGUUCGGCUUACUGAGAUUGGCCCCAGGAUGACCAUGCAGCUCAUCAAGAUCCAGGAGGGCAUCGGGGAUGGAAAUGUCCUCUACCACAGCUUAGUGCACAAGUCUGAGGAGGAGCUGAAGGCCACUCUUGCCACCAGAGAGCAGAAACUCCUGCUGAAGGCUGAGCGCCGAGGCAAGCAGGAGCGAGACAUCAAGCGGAAGAAGGAGCAGCGGGAGGCCCACAGGAAACGGAGCCUGGAGGGUAUGCAGCGUGGAAAGGCCCCACAAGUGGAUCAGGGGAAUGGGGACAGUGACGCAGAGGACCCUGGGCAGCCUGAUGGUGGAGCCCACAUAUCCGACGAGGAAGAGGAUGAGGCAGAGUAUUUUCGCCAAGCAGUUGGUGAAGAGCCAGAUGAGGACAUGUUCCCGAAGGUGAAGAGGAGACGCCCCGACAGGUCCCCUGGACAGCCAGUCUCUGGUGACCAGAGACCUGGGAAAGGCAGAGGUCGGCAGCCAAAGGGGAGGUUCCGAGCAGCCAAAGGCAAACAGCCCAAAGGAGCCACGGCUCGCCACUUCCCUCGUGGGCAAGCCCUAGGAAGAGCUUUGGCCUCUGGGAGGCCUCACCGCAAGUCCUCAGCAGCAGCAGCAGCCAGAACCUGAGAAUCAGCUGAAGGGUGGACUGACUGCCCAUUUUCUCUCUUCUGUGGCUUCUAAGGACAAGAAAACCAUUUCCUUUUCCCAGCCCUUCACCCCCCUACUAUGCUAAAUAUAGUCUGUAAGGCCUCCUCGGCUGGUAGGAAGGGGGGGGUGGCAUGGGCACAGGCAUGUGAAGUAAGGUCUGGUUUCCUGUCUUGUCUUGCUUGUGCGGGAGGGUAGUCACCUUACUCAGGAUUGUCAUGAAACAUCUGACACAGAUUGUAUCAUAGUUAAUGAUCUACUGUGGGGACAGGGGAGCAGUUCAAAGAGUUGGCCUCCAGGGAUGAAGCCACUUGAGUGAGAGAUAGCCCAGUUUGCAGUGUGAGCCCCCCAGAGCUAUUGUGGGAGCAAGUAUUUAAUAGCCUGGCUCAUGUCCCAAAGGACACUGAACAACUAAAGGGAAGUGGGCUUUGUCUGGUAAAGUUAUGAAUCAGCAAGGGUGAGUGGGAGAAUCCCGGACAGUUCGCACUUACUCAGCCUCUUGCCUGGAAAACGUUAGGGCUCAGAAGGUGGUCUUGGCUGGCAUGGAGUCUGGAUGUAGAUGAUAAAAAGUAAUGGCUUGUGCUUUUACAUCCCUAAUAAAGAAGCAAAAGAGUCCACAA